UCAACAAUACGAUAUCUGUUGAUAUUACAAAGUCUGCCAUUAAUGAUGCGACUCAAUUCAGGGGCCUGUGAUUGUUAUGCAAUGAUAUCAGUAAAUAUACUCCUUCCUUUUCCUGGCUGCAUACCAUUAUCUGUCUGGUGCUAGGCACUAGCACUGAUUGGAUGUUUGGGAAGGGGGUGUGCUUGGAAGGAAAUAUUGACACAGACUUGCCCAAAAAACAUUCAAAAUAAAUAAUUAAUGAUAACAACAUGUAACAAUGUCUUCAUAUUUCACUGACAAUACUGGAACACUGAUCAAUGAAUUGAUAUAUCACUCCACACUGAUGUAUCAUUACAACCCUAUAACCAGUGAACACAAUAUUGACAAGAAAAACAAGGAAGCAAGUAGAAAACAACACACAAGCUGUACAGAGGCUAGACAAAGCCACUGUAAAAUGUUUUAACAGGAAACCACAGCAUGCUGCUUUCCUGCUAUUUUCUUUUCCUGUGUGCUUGUUGUGGAUUUGUCAACAGUACCAGUGUGUACCAGACUGGGGUUUGCACAAGUAUGGACACAUAGUUACAGAGAGCCAGCAUGCACAAUACCAAGACCCGAGACCAAAGCAGCUAAAUAAAAUACAGCGAUCACUAUCUUUUUUUCAUUUACACCUGCGCUUUUCUGCUGCCUCUGCAAAAUAUCAACAUGUCUUCCAUGAUAAAAAAGCAGAUUACUGACUGUAAGAAGAGAUCAAGGAUCAGGCCAAGGGGAUCAGCCGUCAGCCCUGGAGUUCAAGAGGAGUGCACCAUCCAGAAGGCAGCCUGCAUCAGCUCAGAAAGGGCCUGUCCCAAACCUGAUCCAGUGUCUGACAAAAAAAUGAUUGGAAUUGCGAUCAGGAAGGAGCUCCAUGGUUUCCUGCAGCCUGUCAUGCCUUCACGCCUUCGACGCUGGACUGUGUCCGCCCAAAUGGUCUGGCUGCCACUUCAUAACAACUCUAUUGCAAGGCAUCCCACAUCCCCAACUGCAGUGUGGAGAAUUUUAAGUGUAGAGAGCUGGUGGUGGACUAGGAGGAAGAUGUCAUGGUUUUUUGGUGAUGAUGUUGCUGCUGUUGAUGCAGUGUCGAGCUCUCACUUUGUGCCUCUGUCAGUUAUGAUGCGUAACCACAAAGUGAGUGACAGGCCAGUCCCCAGGGAGAGCAGGGGGCCUGAGGACGCCACCGGGCUGCAGGGAUGGCGCAGCCGGUUCUCCGCUGGCGUUUGAACCGGGGCUGCGCGUAAAAGAAAAAAGGGGGCAUCGAGGAGGACCAGAGGAGCAGCAAGACUCAGACUGAGAUUGUCUUACACGUCACCAGCGCUCAGUACUAUGGAGUACUACAAAAGGUGACGCGCAGAAGGAGGAUUUGUGAAUGGACGCCGUGAUGUGUGCCAGCUCACAGAUCAGAGGGUGGUGGGACCUCUGCAGAUGCACCCUGAGCCCCCUCCAACCCCACCCCUACCCCAGCAACACCCCCCCUCCUCCUCCUCCUCCUCCUCUUCCUCCCCUCCCUCCCCUCCCUCCCUCUCCCGGCCACCAUCCCUCCCUCCAGAUGAAUGGGGGUCUCUAAAAGAUAUCAGCUCUGUCACCAUGCAGGGGUCGGACCAAAUCCUCCAGCUUCCUGUGCCUUUCAAAACCUGAAAGCAAGUCUCUCCUAUUUGAUGAUCCUGUAUGAUUUUUUUUGUUGUGCUUUUGUGGGCCUGGAAGCUCGCUGCCCCCUGUUUUUUUUUCAUCCCGGGUCAGCCAAGAGCAUGGCAGCCGAAUUAGACAAGAUUAGAAGCGGGCCUAAUUGCGUAUAGUCUCCACUGCAAAAAGUCAAAUGAGUUUAGAAAGAAAACUAAAAUAAAUUGUAGGAUUUGGUGAGAUAGUUCCAUCUGUUUCCAAAGCUCCGUUGUUUUCCAGGAAUUUUCCAGAACGUGUAGUGUGUUGAGUGUUGGAGAAAAGUGCAGAUCACAAGAAAUUUAAGUGGAAAAAUAUAAAUUUGGGUUAAAAACAAAUGCAGUAAAAUGAUCGAAUUGGUGCAUUUGUGCCACUUGUGUUAAGAUAUGGAUAUUUUUGGUGCGUAAAACACGAACCCAUGCGUCAUUUACUGCUCAUAUGUUAAAGCUAAUUUGGGUUAACUCAUAAACUGCUUCUUAUUCUUCUUUAAAAGCUACAACAUGAUAUAAAACUGAAGAUUGGCUUUUUAGUUUUAAGGAAAACAUGUAGUGAGGCUGUGCUCCUCAAAGUCAGAUUAAUUUAUUUUUGCCUCUGCUGCCAAACAGCCUUCCAGAUAUGCUUUACCCCACUAUUUAUUCAUCAUACAUCACCGUAUGUAGAUGAUGUCUAUAUAAUUUUUGCCUUGGUGUGGAUGUGUUUACAGAGGAAUCCUCUGGAGUCGCCACGCAGCGGACUUUGGGGCUGUUGGAUCUUCUGGUUUCAGCCCUUUAUAGGUUUUAAUAACUCUUAAUCCGUCUGAUCGGUCUGGCGUAGAUAAGUCUCAUUUGAAUUGGGAUUGUUCUUCAGGAGCGGCUCGUAUUUCUCCACAGAAGUCUCAAACAGAAGCUUAGCACAAACAACUGCACCACCCUGAGCGCAAUUAAGGCCUCAGCUAAAUUGGAUGAAGGCUAAUUGAAUGCAGCUGAGCUCCCAUCAGCAAACUCCUGAACGCUUCACUAAUGUGAGGAAGAUGUUCGGCGGGUAGUCUGUGAUUUUUCCACGUUUUUUAAUAUUUCUUAAAGUGCCCAAAAAAGUGAAACAAAACAGCAGCACUCCUGUUUGAAUUUCCACUUUAUUCUGGAAGUAGAAAAAAUAUUUUUUUAAAGUUUUCUUAUCUCUCAUAAGAGGAAAAAUAGGUGAGGAAAAGUUCCUGCAGUGUUGGAUGUAGAGUAGGAAACUUGUAAACUAGACCAACAUAAAACUGUGGCAAGUUUUGAACAUUUAACAUUGAUUUUUGGGUUUGCCCAAGUAGAAAAUAUAGUUUUAACAAAGUUGGUGAGCAGGUAGGUGUGUGGAUCCUAAAAAAUGUGUGCUAAGAGCCCGAGUUGGUCCCCGUGAGGUUUUAUUCAAUUUCUCAAUUUUUAAUUGCAAAAAACGGAAUUUGAAAUCAAACUUCAAGGCUAAAAUAACACACCAUCCAGCUCUGACUAAAAAAAUAAAACAAAAAUACAUAGAUAGACACACCCCAAAAUAUAUCACAGUUUCAGGAGUAAACGCAACACAAAAAUAAUUUGAUUUUUAUAGGAAAUUCAUGCCAAACGUGAAUUGUUUUAAAAUCACUGCACACCUUAUUUAUUUUAUUGUGAAAUUAUUUAUACCCAGAAGAUGGUUAAAACAGCCAGUCCAGAAUUGUUACUUUAAGGCUUCAUUAAAGGAAAUAAAGGGUUACAAAAAAGAAAGAAACAUAUGCGUAAGGAACAGGACGCGUAAAGACGCUUAGCCAUAUGGAGCAGAAACAUCCUCUCUCAGACCUAAAGCCUGUAACUUUGAAUUAAGGUUUCACUGUUAUUACCACGUCUAAAUAAACAUAUAAAAGUCAUCUGGCUGAUGAGUUUUUAUUUCUUAAUAAUUUCCCCACAAGCCUCAAAGUGUCAUGUUGGUG